AUGGUCGAGAGCAACAACCAGAGCGCAGAGAACACAAUGUCAGAAGUCCACAAGAGGAUCAAAGCUGCUUUUGAGAGGUUCAAACUGUCUCCCAACACAGUGGAUGUAAGGGAGAUUGGCACCAUCAUGUACUCACUGGGUUGCUUCCCCUCUCAGGCAGACCUACAUGACUUCAUAGCAGAGGUGGAAGAGGACCACUCAGGAUUUAUCCAUUUGGACAGGUUCCUCCCAGCCAUGACCAAAGUGCUGUUGGAGCACAAGUUUCCUCCCAUCCCUAAGGAGCAUCUGUUUCAGGCCUUCGAGGUUCUAGACAAAGACAGUAAAGGAUACCUGGAGCCUGAGGAGCUGACAAAGUAUAUGACACAAGAAGGAGAGCCCUUCAGUCAGGAGGAGAUGGAUGAGAUGCUGACAGCAUUCUCUGACCAAGAGACGAACGUUAUCUAUUACAAAGACAUCGUCAGCCAGCUGACCAUUGACCCUGGAAAUUGAUAAGCAGAGUUGCAGAGCUGUUGAGAAACAUUACAAACACAUAGUUUGUGUGUGUUUGUUGUUGAUAUCUACACGUUUUUAUAACAGACUAGUAUUUGUGCCAUGGUAUAAUAAAUACAUGUAUAUUUCUGUCAAUGAAGACUAACUUUGUGCUUCCGGAAUCCUCCCUGAAUCCAGAUCAAUAUUUUUUGUUCACAUGGGCAGAUUUGACAAGAAGUGUCAGUGGAGCACCAGUUUCUGACUAUAUCAUUUCUAUUAUUUUGGUUUUACAUACACUAGAUGUUUACAUACCUGUUUCUCCUGGAUUGCACAAAUUAGAGCGUGCAUGUACAAUAAAAAUUGUAGCUCAUUUAAACAACAUUGGUUAUGGUUUUGCCCUUGAAUGGAGUUAACAGUAACAUAAAGCAGACUGCUGGUGUGCACUGUUAAAACGCUUGGCCGAGGUAAUCUAGAGGUGCUGAAAUGUGCUUGUGUUUUUUUGAGAAGGAA